UUGUUAUCUCCCCAUCCGCAUCUCCCAAAACAUCAUCCAGCCUACUGGUUCCUCCACUGGUUAGAGUCCUAUAAAGGAGGAAGAAGAAAAUGGAAAGCAGCGUUGGUGUCAAUGGCAGCAACAAGAACCCAAGGAAAGGAUUAGAGGGCACCGGCUUAGAACUCCCGGUGAAUAACCAUGGCAAUUUGAAGAGUGCCUCAAGCGAUCAAAACCUCCAAGACAUUCUCUACCACAUCAAGUCUUCCAAAACUCCUGCAAUUAUCAACUAUGAGGCACAAGAAAGUUACAAUCUUGAAGCUCUUCUGAGUUUGUCGCCAUUGUUUUCAGAUAUUGAUGAGUGUCCAGAAACUACGCAGCACAUUCGUUACACCCCAACCUUUCAUUUUUACAGAGAUGGCGAAAGGGUGGAUGAGAUGUUUGGUGCUGGAGAAGAGAGGUUGCACGAUCGGCUGUGGCUACAUUCUUGAAGGUUGACUAUGUUUUGCAGAUGUCUCGAUGUAAAUGCUAUUCUAGAUCGUGCUUUGGGCUAUUGGGAAAGAAAUGCGGUUAAAAGUUUUUGUUAUAUUAACAAUUAGGUCAAUUUGAGCAGUGUUUAUAACUAUUGUUAAACUCCACUGGGACAACAUGCUCCUUUUUUAAACUCCAUGGUUGGGACACAUGCAUUAUUGUUUUGUGUAAUCAAAAUUUUAUUAAAGAAAA